AUGACAAAGCCAGAUGUUAAUUAUCAAAAUGAUGAAGAGAUUGCUAGUAGUGAUUCAAACGAUGAUAAAGAAUUUGAAAAAUCAUUACUACGAAAAAUGGAUUUGAGAAUCAUUCCUUUUUUAACUUUUUUAUACCUUUUAAGUUUCUUGGAUAGAGUUAAUAUUGGAAAUGCGAAACUAGCACAUCUUGAAGAGAGUCUUGGAUUAGUUAACGAUCAAUAUAAUUGGUGUCUUAGUAUUUUUUUCGUAGGAUAUAUCUUAUUUGAUGUUCCUUCGAAUUUAAUGCUUAUAAAGACAAGUCCAUCAAAUUCCAUCCACGAUGGUAUUUUGGGGAAUUACAAUGUCACUCAUGACACUCCAAGAUUUUUCUUGGGAGUUUUCGAGUCUGGAUUAUAUCCAGGUGUUAUUUAUUAUAUUACAAUGUGGUACCAACGCUCAGAACAAAAUUUUCGUAUAGGAUUAUUUACGAUUGGGAGUAGUUUUGCUGGUUCAUUUAGUGGUUUGUUAGCAUACGGUAUCGUAAGAUUAGACGGAAAAUUAAACCUAAAAGGAUGGCAAUGGUUAUUUUUGAUCGAAGUAAGAAUUACAGUUUUGGUCGCCUUUUUUGCAUAUUUUUACAUUUCUGAUUAUCCUGAAAGUGCUAAAUGGCUUGACGAAAAAGAACGUAGAUUUGCUACUCAACGAUUAAUUCAAGAUGCUGGGAAAGCUUACGUAAUCCAUUUCGAUAAAACCCAACUUUUCGAAGCGUUUAAAGAUUGGAAAGUUUACGUGUCUAUGAUACAAAUUUUUGGACUUGCAACAACACUUUAUUCUUUUGCAAUGUUUCUCGAUUUGAUUUUGUUAUUAUCGGUACCACCAUUUUUAUGUGGUACCGCGUCAACAUUGUUUGUAGUCGUACUUUCGGAUCGUAAACGUAUUCGUGGUCCAUUUAUUGUUAUAUUAUCGCUUAUUGGGAUAGUUAGUUAUAUUUUAUUAAUUGUACCUUCAUUUGGUAUCACCGUAAAAUACAUUGGAGCUUGCGUUGUUGGAAUCGGUGCAAGCCCAUGUCUUGCAACUUCAGUUGCAUGGCUAACAAAUAAUGUGGCAGGUAACGGGAAAAGAAGUGUGGCGACGGCAAUGUUGAUAGCAUUUGCAAAUGUAGGAGGGGUAGUAGGAUCACAGAUCUAUCGACCAAACGAUGGUCCACAUUAUUUACAUGGUCAUUUAAUGGCUGCGAUAUUCUUAAUUCGAGAAGACCCGCAAUCGUUCUUGGACGGAAAGAGUGAAAAGGAAAUUGGUGCCAUGGGUGAUAAACACCCCGAUUUUAUUUAUAUUUUGUAA